AUGAAUGUUGUUUCCUGGAAUGCUCGGGGCUUGAGCAAUCCGAGAGCAUUCCGUCAAGUUCGUCUGCUCAUUUCUCAGCAUAAACCUGAUGUAAUUUUUAUUAUGGAAACUAAGCUUAGUUCAGGGUCUAUUUCUAAAUUUCGUAAUGCUUUUAAUUUUCCGAAUGGUAUAGAAGUUCCUAGGAUAGGUUUAAGUGGUGGUUUUCUUUUCCUUUGGAAGUCUAAUGUAAAUGUAACUAUUAUCAAUUAUGGACAAAACUUUGUUGACUGUUAUUUGGCUUUUGAUGAUGGCUUCUCUUGUCACUUCUCGGGUUUUUAUGGUGCUCCUGUUGUAUCUCAAAGGAAAUUCACGUGGGAAUUAUUGACAAAACUUAAAGACUCAGCUCCUCUCAUGCCUUGGUUGGUCAUGGGGGAUUUCAAUGAAAUAAUCUCUCAUUUGGAUAAAUUAGGAGGACCUCUAAAGAAUGAAACUCAAAUAGAUGAUUUUCGGACUGCAAUUGAUAAAAGUGGAUUACAAGAAUUGAAUUUCGAUGGGAACCGAUUCACUUGGCACAAUAACAAUACAAACGGGACUAAUGUGAAGGAAAGGUUGGACUAUGGUUUCAUCAACUCCAUGUGGUUCAACAACUUCAACGUUCCAACAGUUUCUCAUUUGGAUUUUUUCCAAUCUGAUCACAGAGCUUUACUAGUGCAAAUCAAUCCUUUGCUGUCUACUUGUAACCAGAAAUUCAAGUCUCGAUUUCGCUUUGAAAAGCAAUGGUUAAAUGAAGAUAUGUGCUCUGAAAUCAUUGCCAACAACUGGAAGAAUGCUACAGCCGAUCCCACUACUCAAAUUCUGCAGAAUUUGACAGCAUGUUCUCACCAAUUACAAGCCUGGCACAUGCAAAAAUUUGGAGAUCUCCCUAAGAAAAUCAAGACUAGUCAGCAAAAAGUGGAAGCCCUUCACAACUCCUCUGCAACAACUCGUUCUCACUUUGAAGAGUUGAAAUCAAGUGAAAAUAUUCUUGAUGAAUUAUUAGCUCAGGAGGAAGAGUAUUGGCACCAACGUUCUAGAGUUUCUUGGUUAAAAUCGGGUGAUUCCAACACGAAAUAUUUUCACCAACAUGCGCACAACCCCUUCUGA